AUGGCGUCCGCAAACGCUUUGCGGAGCCUGAUCCGGCCUGUCAUCCCCGUCGCGCCUCGAAUCCACCCCGUCGUGCUCGCCAGAGCUCCGUUCACGACCAGCUCCGUGCUUGCCGCCGCGCCGCCGCCGACGAUCAAGAGCCGACGCGAUCUUCCCAAGAAGACCAAGAAGACGUACAAGAAGAAGGCCAACAUUGUGGCCGUCAAAAAGCCCAAUCCCGGCGAGCGCAAGGCGUUCCGGAAGCGCAUUCAGCUCAGCAACAACAGCGCGUUGCCCGUGCAAGGACUUGAUGAGCUGAGCGCAGAGGCUCUGGCUAACCACGAGAGCAAAGGCAAGAUGUUUGCCAUACCUGAUCAGGUGGUAGACCAACUGAGAGCGCUUGAAGCCUUCAAGACAACGCAGACGUGGAACUUGUUCCGGCGCCCUCAUUUCUUGGUGCGCGAGGAGACGGUUGAGAUGAUGCGCAAGCUACAAGACUCGAAAACGAAUAAGGAGGCAUUCAAGUGCGUUUUGACCGGAAGCCGGCUAUCGGGCAAGAGCAUGGCCUUGCUGCAGGCCAUGUCCCACGCUCUCUUGGACGGCUGGGUUGUUUUUCAUAUCCCGGAGGGUCAAGAUCUCACAAACGGCAAUACCGAAUACUCCCCUGUCGCGGACACGGCCGACCCGAUGCAGUUCGCGCAACCGGUGUACUGCCUCAAACUUUUGCAGAACAUCUACAAGGCCAACAAACCCGUCCUUGAGAAGUUGCAGCUACAAAACGAUUGGUCCAAGAUGACCAACCUAAAGCAAGGUGCGACGCUUGCUGAUCUCGCUCUCAGCGCCAAGGAAAGCGAGUACGCUUGGCCGACCCUGAACGCGCUGUGGACGGAGUUGACCUUGCCCGGCCGCCCACCCGUUCUAUUCACGCUCGAUGGGCUUGCGCACAUCAACAAGAUUAGCGAGUAUAGGGAUCCAUCAUUCAACGAGGUCCACGCUCAUGACUUGGUGCUCGUGCGGAUGUUCGUCGAUGCACUGUCUGGCAAGACGAAGCUUCCCAACGGCGGAGCGAUCAUUGCAGCCACGUCAGAGAACAACUCCCACCACCACCCUUCGCAGGAACUUGUCCUGUCUCAGCUGGAGGCCGGGCAGGCCGGCAAGGAAGUCCCUAAACCAGACCCCUACGAGCGCAAGUACGACGAACGGGUGUACGACGCGCUAAAGAACAGCUUCGUCAUGCGCCUGGAGGGCGUUUCGAAAGAGGAGGGCAGAGCACUGAUGGAGUACUGGGGGGCGAGUGGCCUGGUGAGAGACGUGCUCAACUCGCGGACUGUCUCCGAGAAGUGGGCUUUGGGCGGCCACGGCAAUGUUGGCGAGAUGGAAAGGGUGGCGCUCAUGACGAUGCGCAUGUAA